GAAAAAUGGAUUAUGAACCUCCAUUCCUAGAAACCUACAAGACCCUUUUGCAAGAAGAAGAUUCAAACCGCAAUAAUGACUUGUUACUGGUGGAGAAUUUUGAUGAUGAGAUAGAGCUACCUUUGAUUGAUCUUAACCGGUUGAAUGAAAAUAAUCUUGAUGUGAGAGAUGAGUGCAUGGAAGAGAUAAGUGAUGCUGCAAGGAGAUGGGGUUUCUUUCAGAUUGUGAAUCAUGGUAUUUCAAAGGAUCUUCUUGGUAUGAUGCUGUUUGAGGAAAUGAAACUGUUCUAUCAACCUUUUGUGAAAAAAUCUUCAGAUAAUUUUCUUGGUUUGCCUCCAAGAACUUAUAGAUGGGGAAACCCAUCUGCUACUAAUUUGAAGCAAUUGUUAUGGUCCGAAGCAUUUCAUUUUCCUAUUUCAGAUAUAUCAAUGAUGGACAACCAGCACAAAAGUCUCAGAUGGAACAUUGAAGCCUUUGCAGCAGCAGUUACCCCACUAGCCCAAUGCUUGGCAGAAAUUUUGGCGUGCAAAAUGAACAUGAUUAUGAAAUCCAAGAAUUAUUUCAAAGAGAAUUGCUUUCAAGAAAGUUCUAUAAUUAGACUGAAUAGAUAUCCUCCAUGUCCAAAACAACUAUCUUCAAAGUUAUAUGGACUUAUGCCCCACAACGACUCAAGUUUUCUUAGCAUUGUUUAUCAGGACCAUGUAGGAGGAUUGGAAUUAUUAAAAGAUGGAAAAUGGAUUCAUGUGAAGCCUAAUCCAGGAGCUCUGGUUAUCAACAUUGGAGAUUUAUUUCAGGCAUUGAGCAAUGGCAUAUACAAAAGUAUAAAACACAGAGUGGUAGUUUCGCAAAAGGAAGAGAGGUAUUCAGUAGCAUUCUUCUAUUGCCCUUUGUUGGAGACAUUGAUACAAAGUCAUAUCUAUACCAAGCCAGCUAUGUACAAAAAUUUCACUUUUAGAGAAUAUAGAGAGCAAAAUGAGAAAGCUGUCAAGCAAACCGGUGAUAAGAUCGGCCUCUCUAAGUUUCUUCUAUAGACAAAUAUACCCUCAAUAUAUCACAGCUAGACUUGUAGUAUUCUAUUACAAU